AUGGCGUCCGCCGAUCCUUUCGACUCGGCUCUCGACCUCCUCCGCCGCCUCAAUCCCAAACACACGACGGCACACCUCCAAUCCCUUAUCUCGCUCGCGCCCGACCUCACCGAGGACCUCCUUUCUUCGGUGGACCAGCCGCUGACGAUACGCCGAUGCAAGCAGACGGGGCGCGACUACCUGCUGUGCGACUAUAACCGCGAUGGCGAUAGCUACCGAUCGCCUUGGAGCAACGAGUUCGAUCCGCCGCUGGACGGGGGCCAGAUAGGUGACGGCGGUGCGGGAGAUGGUGCGGGUGCGGCUGGAGUCCCCUCUGACAAAGUCAGGCUCAUGGAGGUCAAGGCCAACGAGGCGUUUGAUGUCUACCGCGAGCUGUACUAUGAAGGGGGGGUGAGCAGUGUCUAUUUUUGGAACUUGGAUGAUGGAUUUGCGGGUGUGGUUCUGUUGAAGAAGGAAGCCAAGCCCGGCAGCACCAGCGAGGGUUCCUGGGAUUCGAUUCAUGUUUUUGAAGCUCUGGACCGCGCCCGAGUCACCCAGUACAAUCUUACAUCUACCGUCAUUCUGUCUCUGUCGACUAGUGGGUCGGGGUUGGGCGACAUGGAUCUCAGCGGCAACAUGACGAGACAGAUAGAGCAGGAACUGCCCGCCGAGAACGACGAGCAGCAGAUCGCCAACAUUGGCAAAUUGGUUGAGGACAUGGAACUAAAGAUGCGUAACCUGCUGCAGGAAGUCUACUUUGGCAAGGCCAAGGACGUUGUGGGCGACCUGAGGAGUAUGGGCAGCUUGAGCGAGGCUGGCCGGGACCGCGAGGCCCAACGGGAGAUCAUUGGAAGCAUGCGGAGAUGA